AUAAUGGUGAUGAGGGGGAUAGGAGCCCUCUUGUUUCCAGCCAGCAGCCACCUAAACCUUUGAUUGUUAAAAUCUCGCGAUAGAGAGGACACGUUCCCUUUUUUUUGCCACGUUUUUGUUGUUAUCAAAUAGCCUGAUAAUUUACACUAAAUUAUUCCGCUGCACUGUAGUUCGCUACGUAGAAGAAAUGUACAUCCGUGGGCGUGGCGUAGCGUUUCUCUGGAGCCAGGAGUCGUGUCGCCAGGCAAUGUAUCAAAACCUUCAAGGCGGAUUCUCUAGGCGCUCCCAACCAUAGUGGUCCACGCUGUAGAAUUACAGCAAAAAAUCAUCCGGUUGAAAACUCCGCCCAUGACCUCGUUCGCUGUGGAAUUUGAGAUCACUCAUUAGUAAAUUUUAGCUUGUCAGUAUCCAUGAGGAAGUUAUUUGUGUUAUGAUAGUCAGCAGUAGGAGCUUCCACUAAUAAGGAGGUAUCAGCAUUUUAUUUAGCGAACAAGAAGGCGUACAGGCUAAGUAUUUGAACAUUUCUAACCCUUUGAACUGUAAGCAUCCGUGCAUUUACGAUGGCUCCAAGGAAGAAUUCCAGAAACCAAUCCAAAAAAGAGGUGAAGCCCACAGCAGUGGUGAAUAAGAAUGGUGUGAAGGCGGAGGCUGCUACUGCUAGUGGGGGUGUUGCUAGUGGGGGUGGAGGUGCUGCUAGUGGUUUUAGCGGCACUAAGAUCUUCACCUGGUUCAUGGUUCUGGCUUUGUUGGGGGUGUGGAGCUCCGUGGCCGUGGUGUGGUUAGACCUGGUGGACUACGACAACGUCAUUGCGAGAGCAAAGGAAUUCCCUUUUAACUUUUCAGAGGUUUUACAAGGUAAACUUUCAGCGUAUGACGCAGAUGGCGAUGGUGACUUCGAUGUGGAGGAUGCCAAAGUACUACUCGAUGAAAAAGAGGUCAAAAUUGCUGCUCCCAAAAAGGAAACGCUGAAAAAAGCUGAGAAUAUUGUAGAGGUUCCUGUUCCAAAAACAGAAAAGACAAAAGGUAGCCUACUACUGAAUGGUGAUGAGAGUCCUGGAGAGGUGGCUUCUAAAAAGAACAGAACAAAAGAGCACCCAACAAGAGAACUUGGGAGGAAAUUAAAGUCAGCAUUAAAGGAACAGUUGAGAAUGAUCCAUGAGAAGAUUGAAGCCCAAAAAAUUGCCGAAAUGGCUUUGGCUGAAGUGAGGAGUAUACUGGCCAAAGAGGAGGAUGAGAGACAAUUGGUCAAUGCUCUGGAACUCAAGAGGCAAGAGGUGGCCCAAAAAGCCCAGGAAAUGUUAGAGGCUCAACUUCGAGAGGAAAGAGAACAAGAAGAGAAAAGAGAGGCUGAGAGAAGAGCACAUGAGCAAGCAGGGAAAGAGAGGCUGGAGAAAGAGCAACUGGAGCAGUUGGAGAGAGAAGAGAAAGAGAGGCUGGAGAAACAGAGGGAAGCUGAGGAGAAGGCAGAAAAAGAGCGAUUGGAGAAGGAAAAGCUAGAGAAAGAGAGGAUAGAAAAGAAGACAGAGCUGGAAAUGAUGGAAAAAGAGAGACUGGCUGCUCAAUCCUUUUCCAAAGAGAAAGCAGAAAAGGAGAGACUAGAGAGGGAACGGGUCGCCAAAGAGAAAGCAGAAAAGGAGAGGAUUGAGAAGGAACGGGUCGCCAAAGAGAAAGCAGAAAAGGAGAGGAUUGAGAAGGAACGGGCCACCAAAGAGAAAGCAGAAAAAGAGAGGAUUGAGAAGGGACGGGCCACUAAAGAAAAAGCAGAAAAGGAGAGGCUUGAGAAGGAACGGGCCACUAAAGAAAAAGCAGAAAAGGAGAUGCUUGAGAAGGAACGGGCCGCCAAAGAGAAAGCAGAAAAGGAGAGGCUUGAGAAGGAACGGGCCACUAAAGAAAAAGCAGAAAAGGAGAGGAUUGAGAAGGAACGGGUCGCCAAAGAGAAAGCAGAAAAGGAGAGGAUUGAGAAGGAACGAGCCGCCAAAGAGAAAGCAGAAAAGGAGAGGCUUGAGAAGGAACGAGCCGCCAAAGAGAAAGCAGAAAAGGAGAGGAUUAUGAAGGAACAAGCCGCCAAAGAGAAAGCAGAAAAGGAGAGGAUUGAGAAGGAACGGGCCACUAAAGAGAAAGCAGAAAAGGAGAGGAUUGAGAAGGAACGGGUCGCCAAAGAGAAAGCAGAAAAGGAGAGGAUUGAGAAGGAACGGGCCACCAAAGAGAAAGCAGAAAAGGAGAGGCUUGAGAAGGAACGGGCCGCCAAAGAGAAAGCAGAAAAAGAGAGGAUUGAGAAGGAACGGGCCACUAAAGAGAAAGCAGAAAAGGAGAGGAUUGAGAAGGAACGGGCCGCCAAAGAGAAAGCAGAAAAGGAGAGGAUUGAGAAGGAACGGGCCGCCAAAGAGAAAGCAGAAAAGGAGAGGCUUGAGAAGGAACGGGCCGCCAAAGAGAAAGCAGAAAAGGAGAGGCUUGAGAAGGAACGGGCCGCCAAAGAGAAAGCCGAAAAGGAGAGGAUUGAGAAGGAACGGGCCGCCAAAGAAAAAGCAGAAAAGGAGAGGCUUGAGAAGGAACGGGUCGCCAAAGAGAAUGAGAGACUGGAGAAAGAACAGCUAGCCAAAGAGAAGGGGAGACUGGAGAAAGAACGGCUAACCAAGGAAAACGCAAAGAAGGAAAAGGAAGACAGUGAAAGGGUGGAGAAAGAGCGUGUUGCCAAAGAGAGAGCAAAGAAAGAACAGGUAGCAAAGGAAUCUGAAAAGGAGAGGAUGGAGAGAGAAAGGGUACCGAAGGGAAAGGAGAGAGAACGGGUAGCCAAAGAGAGGGCAGAGAAGGAGAGAGCAGAGAAAGAGCAACAAGCCAAAGAGUUAGCUGCUAAAGAAAAGGAGAGAGCAGCGGUAAAAGGACACUUAGUCAAAGAAAAGACUGCAAAGGCCAAGGUUGAGACAGAGCAAUUACCCAAGAUGGAGAGAGAACAGUUACCUAAGGUGAAGGCAGGGAAGGAGAGAGCAGAAAAAGAGCGUCUAGUCAAAGAAAAGAUAGAUAGGGAGAGAAUUGUGAAAGAGAAAAGAGCCAAACAGGCAAAAGAGGAGAUGCCAGAGAAAAAUGCAAACAACUUCACAACUACGAACAAGAAGGAAAAAAUAUUGGCUAUAAGAGACCUUCUGAAGCCUAAAGCCACCAAGGUGAACAAGAAAUGGAACUUCACAGGAUUUGUAAAUGGAGUGAAGGAGAGGCCGGGUUCUCUGGUGCAGAAGGAAGCCAAGGAGGAAUCUGCUGUGGAAGAACAAACCGAGCCCAUUGUGGAGGAAGUCAUCCAGACAACAGAGGGGACUGAGGAAGAAGAGCAGCUUCCACCGAACCCAUCACAGGAGCAGCAGGCCCCUGAAGGUGAGAGUCCGGACGCAGUGGGAACUCCAGCCAAAUCAGAAGAUGCAACUGAGGAAGCUUUUGAGGGGAAACUGGCGGUUGAGGCUGAGGCUGCUGUCCAGGUAGAGGAAACUGCUGUCCCUCUCCCGCCGAUAUCAGAUGAUUUUGUCCCAGAUGACAGUAGAGAUGAAGCAACACAACCUUAUGAAGAGUCAAAGCAAUUUACUGACCGGCCAGGCUCCCAGGAGACACGGGAAGCAGAGGCUGAUUCAGUCCCAGAACCGGAGGCUAACGUGGAAUCUGUUCCGGACCUGGAAGCUGUCCCACAACUGAAAGAUGAAGCCGUCCCAGAACUGAAAGAGGAGCCAGUGGCAGUAGAGGAGGAAACAACACAGGAAGAUUCAGAAGGCAAUGCAGAGGACCAACCAGAGGAUAUGCUCAAAUACAAAGCCAAAAAGAAGAAGCCUAAACUCCUGAAUAAAUUUGAGAAAACGAUCAAGACAGAAAUUGACGCGGCUGAGAAGUUACGUAAAAAGGGGAAAGUGGAGGAGGCUGUCCGGGCUUUUGACACUCUAGUUCAGCAGUACCCCCAGAGUCCAAGGUGUCGCUAUGGGAAAGCCCUGGCCGAAGAUGACCUGGCAGAGAAGAUGCGCAGCAACGACAUGCUACAGAAGGCCCUCAGCACGUACAAGGAGGCGUCAGAGCUGCCCAACGCCACGCCUGACCUCAUCAAGGCCACACUGAAGAAACGGGCCGAACGUCAGCAGUUCUUAGGUCGUAUGAGGGGUGCCUUAGCCACGUUGGAGAAGCUGGUACAGAUCUUCCCUGAGGACGUGGCCCUGAAGAACGAUCUGGGCGUGGCUCACCUGCUCAUCGGAGACAACAAGAGCGCCAAGAGGGUCUACGAGGAGGUGUUGGCCAUUGCACCAAGUAACGGCUUUGCUAAAGUCCAUUACGGCUUCAUCCUCAAAUCAGAAAAUAAGAUAGCAGAGAGCAUCCCAUUCCUCAGGGAUGGUUUGGAAUCAGGAGACCCUGGCACAGACGACGGCAGAUUUUACUUCCACCUCGGAGACGCCUUGCAAAGAAUGGGAGACGACAGUGCCUACAAGUGGUAUGAGAGAGGGCACCAGAGAGGUCACUUUGCCUCCGUAUGGCAGCGAUCUCUCUACAAUGUGGACGGUCUCAAAGCCCAGCCAUGGUGGACGCCCAAGGACACUGGCUAUAUGGAUCUAGUCAAGACCCUGGAGAGGAACUGGAGGACCAUUCGAGACGAGGCCCUGUCAGUGAUAGAUAAAAGCACCGGCCUCUUUGUUCCAGAAGAGGAGAACCUCCGAGAAAAAGGGGAGUGGGGCCAGUUCACACUCUGGCAGCAAGGCAAGAAGGCAGGGGAGUCCUGCCACAGUGUUCCAAAGACCUGUGGCCUGUUGGAGCGCUACCCAGAGGCAACAGGCUGCAAGAGAGGACAGAUCAAGUUCUCGGUGAUGCAGCCUGGUACUCACGUCUGGCCCCACACGGGGCCCACGAAUUGUCGCCUGCGCAUGCACCUGGGCCUGGUCAUCCCAAAGACAGGCUGCAAGAUCAGGUGCACCAACGACACCAGGGCUUGGGAGGAGGGGAAAGUGCUCAUCUUUGAUGACUCCUUUGAGCACGAGGUGUGGCAGGACGCUGACAGCUACCGGCUCAUCUUCAUCGUGGAUGUGUGGCACCCCGAGCUCACCCAGUACCAACGGCAGACUCUCUCCCCCAUUUAAAGAAUGUACGGCAAAAUGACUGACAGACUGUCACCUACUGGAGUGCUGGGGUUAACACUCUUGACCCAUAAGAACGGAAGGGUCCAUAGUAUCUGGUCUCUGUCUGUCCACCCAUUCCUUCACAGUUGGCCAUUUUAGGUCAAAGGUGACAAAUGUGACACUUGCCCUUGCUCAGUCAAGGGCUCCAUUUUGGAACCGUCUAGAAGAGUUACUGAAGGCCCUGUCAGAUUGGAAAAAGCCUUAGUGACACUUUGGAACACUGACUGCUAAAUGUGGUACUCGCCAACUAGGUGUUUAGGCCAAAAUGUGGAUUUACGGUAAGGUGUGGGUUUAAUAUCACAUAGGCUGUGUUGUAAAUGUAUCACAAGUGCAUUCUUGUUUUUCAUUAGUCAACCAAAGUGCCAUGUGUCUGAAACAUACCUAACAUACAAACGGUAACUGAACAAAACUUUAGUAUUGCAGCUAGUGAUUUUAAUGUUGUAUAGUUACUGAUAUAAUUUCUGUUUUUUAUCCCAAUCUUAAUCGUUUUCUUUCCUCAAGAAAAGUUAUUUGAUGAUUUUCAUGUUCAAGUCUUCAGAAACGUAAGGUAAGAACACAAAUAAGAUUAGAGUAACACGGGAAACUAUCCUGUUAAGAUGUUGCUAAGCUAGCUAAAACUCUGCUAGCUGCUGUUUCUCUAACACUUGAUUGGUUAUUACACAGCUCUUAUUGCAUGUAAUGGUCAUGCAUUAACUUCAUGUUACUUCCAUAGCUUUACACAGUAAUCUGCCUCUUACUUUUUGGGGGGUUCUAUUUUUAGUAAUACAGAAACACUGCUUAUUAGGUCAUUCCAUUUCACUCGUAUGAUUUUUGCAUGUCACUUUAGAUUAAUGGAUGGGACAUCACAAUGCCAAGAAUGUUUUUAUUGCAGAAUUAAUAUUGUAAAAAAAAACAUAUUUUUGUACGCUGACAAUAUAUUUUCAACUGUGCCUUGACCUGGGAGCAUACACAGCCCAUUAUACUCAACAGGCUUGUCUUUGUAAUUUAAAGUCCUGCCAAACUUGUGUAUUUACAUUCUUAAAUGUAUCAAAUAUGAACAUUUUACUGAAGGCAUAUAUUUUGUACAUGCAUAACAUUUGAAUGUUUUAUAAAAUGCUAAUUUACCUGUGUAAAACUUAGGCAGGAGCAUGUUGAAUGUACCCCAGUCUUGUCACACUGCAUUCCAAACCUGGGUCAAAUACAUAUGUCAAAUACUUCCCAAUACUUCAAAUGCGCUUCAUUUAGUUUGCCUUGUACAAUGGAAUAGUCCCUAAAAGGAGAACUCCGAGCUAAAUAAAGUGCACUACAUAGGCUAUACUUGAGUAUUAGAAAGCAUUUCACCCAGGUCUGCUGCAUUCCAGGUAUAGCAAAGCUGACUAGAAGGGGUCUUUGCUUGACCAGUGUUGAUAUACAAAAGGAAAAAGAAAUGCCGAAGCAUAUUCUUCUAGAUGUUAUUUAAUCACUCUCUAUGUGCGUUGGUAAUCCGCUUCAUCGCAGCAAUGAAAUCAUGUCCAAAUCAGUCCAGUGGUAUUAUGCUGAGUUCAUGUGCUAUCAGAAUAAUCAGAAACUCAGGACUAAGAAAUUCCUGGCAAGCCCACGGACUCAUCAUAGCUACCUUAUUUCAGAUGUCCAAAACCGCUCAUACUGAUCUUACAGGUAGGAAAUACGAGUGGGAAACUGGGGUAACAUCAUUGUACCCCACGUUUCCUACUUCAGAGGAGUAUGUAAACACAUCAUAAUGCCAUGGGUCGGAGUCAUUCGUUAGGACUAUUGGAUGUCAUCCUGUCUGCCCAAAAAAGGAUGAACUUUUCACCCAAGUGUGGCUGUCUGUCAUGGACAUGGGUGUCUUGGGGUUAUCUGUUUGGGUUGUGAUGAUAACAUAUUCAAGUUAUCCUCCUGGCUUCAAAAUUGUUUCUUAGUUACAAUGGGGUAGUAAAUCAAGCACGUUCACAAAAGCCACAUCGUUUGAGAAUUAUUUCACCUUUUGUGGUACUCUUAUGAAUUUAUCACUUUUUGUAGUGUUGAAAUCACUGAGCUGUUCCAUCUGUUGUAACUUGGCCUGCCAAGUAAGUAAUGCAUCUUUCAAUUCUAUUUUGUAUGUUGUAAUUAGUUGCACUGAAUAAUUGUAAACUGAAUAGCUUCUUUUCAGUAAAUGAAAAAUGAGGUCAAAA